UCUACACCAAGAAGCUUUUUAUGGGUUUGGGGAACUGAUCAGUUUGAGGCCUUAUUCUCAAUAUCAUAAGGGUGCUAGAUACAAACUAGUGAUUUCUUAAUAAUCUGAUUUUGAGGAAACAUCUGCAUGUUUCCUAUGAUCUGGUUGAUUAGAUAAUCGUUACAAACUUUUUGUUCCGAGUUAAGGAUUAUGCUUUACUAACAACUGAUGCAUUGCGUCAAUAACUUUGGAUUUUCACGUUCAUGAUUACAACGUACUGUUUAAGGAUCAGUUGAUUGGCGGAACCAUGUUCCUGGACCAUUUCAAAAAGCAGGCCUCUCGUUUUUUACAAGAGAGAUACAAAACUGCUAGGCUGACCUUCACUGAUGUUACUCCUGCCGAACUGUGGGCUGAGGAGGCAACAAAUGGUGAACCAUGUAGCCCUGAUGCUAAGACAAUGACUAAAAUAGCUGCUGCCUCCUUUGAGAUGGAGGACUAUUGGAGAAUAGUUGACAUCCUUCACAGAAAGUUAUAUAACAUUGACUGGAAAGAAUGGAGGCAAUCCUACAAAGCAUUGGUACUUCUGGAGUUUUUAUUAACACAUGGCCCUGAAGACUUUGCUGAAGAAUUUCAAGGUGACAGUGAAGUCAUCCAAGAGCUGGGAUCAUUUAAGUACAUUGACGACAACGGAUUCAAUUGGGGUUCUAGCAUGCAAAAGAAAUCGGACCAAAUACUAAUCCUUCUAAGAGGGGGGCGGUCGACGCUGAGAGAAGCACGUUUCAAAGCUCUCAAAGUAACAAAUGAAAUCCAAGGCUUUAGAGGUUCAGCGUCUUCUCCUUCACCCUCAACUCCUUCCUCUGCCUACUCUGAAACACCAAGAGCUUCAUCCUUUAGUUCAUUUUCUACCACAAGUUCUGUAUGGAAUGAAUUGAACAAUGAGCUUAGCAAAUUUCAUCAACCAUCGACAACUAAAUCAGAAGCCAUGGAAAGCUAUUCACAGGGUGGACUGCGAGACACUGAUGAUGAUCAUGAUCAUUACAAGAAUACUAGCAAUUUCCCCGCACCAAGUGAGAGUAGGGAAGGAUCACACCUUUGGAAUUGCCCUCCAAUUGAUGAAAAAGGUUCAUUACUUGAAUCCGAAGAAGAAGACAAUGAGGAUGAUGACAAAUAUUAUGAAAAGGAGGAUGGUAUUUUAAGUGGAAUUUACUCUAAGCUGGUUACCCUUAGUCCUACAAGAGGAAAUGUACCUCAUGGUAAUAUUAGGUUUAGGAGUGUUUCUGAUGUAGGGAGGGAGCUGAGGAAGAAAAAGCUUGAUCGCCAAUCUUCGUUUUGGUACUGAAGAUCGAAGAGACAUGAAAGAAAGUUUGUAAUUGUCUCUAUGAUCUUAUAUUUUGAAUUUGUUAUUAUCGCAGAUUCGCAGACUUAGAACCUAGGAAUCUUAACCAAUGUCACUUGAGCUGAAGCUUUUGGAGAAAAUUUUGUAUAAUUAAGUGUUACCUAUAUGCAUGACAACUUUGGUCAAAUUAUGCAAGGAUGAUC